GUGGCGGGCACCGGUAAAACCACGAUUGCUCGUACCAUCGCCCAACACUAUCAUGAAUUAGAACGUCUUGGCGCAAGCUUUUUCUUCUCCAGGAACACUGGUGGCGAUCUCGUGUCUACCAACAAAUUUGCCUCAGCGAUCGCAGCUCAGCUUGCCGACCACAUCCCCGCGUUAAAACCAUCUGUUACAAGAGCAAACACUUCUAGCCGUCUUCGUCACUUAGGUCUGUUUGAACAAUGGAAGAAGCUCGUCCUCGAGCCGCUAGCAACGCUAGAUGUUACACUCAAAUCUUCGAUAGUUUUUAUGGUGGACGCAUUAGACGAAUGUGCAGAUGAAGAGGAGAUCCGCCUGCUGAUCCACUGUCUUGCUGGUGCUGUAACGGUUCAAGGGGUUCGGCUUCGUGUGUUUGUCACAAGC